CCAGAAGGUCCAGAAAGCGGUGUCAAACGAAGUAGGGCAGUGACUUCAGAAAGAGAAAUUUGUUUCAAUUUGUGAUUGUGCAUAUAAUUUAAUAUAAGGUGCAGGUAACUCUCUAAAGUACGAAAUAACACAUACGUAUCACAGUGAUAGUAAUUACCUGGUUAAGGAUUAGGAGCUGAAUAAAAAGCCUAUUAUGCGCAGGAGAAACAAAAGACUGUGUUAUGGCUCUGGAGCCAAGACCAAUUUCUCAACCAAAACAAUAUGAUUACUUACUCAAGUUCUUGUUAGUUGGUGACAGUGAUGUAGGCAAGCAAGAAAUCUUAAGUGGUCUUGAAGAUGGGUCAACAGAAUCACCCUUUUGCAGUGGAGGGGCAUAUAAAACUACAAUAAUACUUUUGGAUGGAAAGCGUGUAAAAUUGCAGCUAUGGGAUACUUCUGGACAGGGUCGGUUUUGUACUAUCAUUCGAUCAUAUUCCCGUGGAGCACAAGGUAUACUGUUAGUAUAUGACAUCACAAACAAAUGGUCAUUUGAUGGUAUUGACCGCUGGUUGAAAGAAGUUGAGGAGCAUGCACCUGGUGUUCCAAAAGUACUAGUCGGAAACCGUCUUCACCUAGCCUUCAAGCGUCAGGUUGGGGCACGAGAGGCGGAAACAUAUGCUGCAAAGAACCGCAUGGCAUUCUUUGAAGUGAGUCCAUUAUGUGACUUUAAUAUCCGUGAGAGUUUCAGCGAGCUCUCCCGCAUGGCAUUGCAUCGAAAUGGAAUGGAGAGGCUCUGGAGAUCAAACAAAGUUCUGAGCUUGCAGGAGCUAUGCUGCCGUGCAAUUGUCGCCCGAACAACUGUUUAUGGUAUUGACCAACUUCCACUUCCUACUGCAAUAAAAUCUCAUCUGAAAUCAUAUGCCAUGACAAGUUACACCACAUCGAUGCAGCACCGUUAUGUUUUAAACCAUAAUCGAAGUUCAGUUGGUAAUAAGACUGGACAGUCAGCACAUCACAAAAAGUUGAAGUUUGUGGGAGGUAUUUCAACUGGAGCAACAUCUCCAUCCUCGUCCAAUUCCCCUCCAGCAAUGGACUCGUCAAGAACAAGUUGUACAGGACGUAAUUCAUGCAACAUUUCAUGAGGAGUACAAAGGUUUCAAUAUUGCAGAUUUAAGGUAUUUAUUUUAUGUGAGGUCAGACUGGAGUACCAUGACAUUUGUUUGAAGGAAAUGGUGAAUUUAUUGCUCAAGAUUUUCUUGGGAUGUUGUGAUGAGUAGUAAAACUGACACAUUGUUUCAGCAGGACUUUGUAAAAUGAACUCCACAAAGGCUUAGCAUUACAAGUCAGCAUAAAGCUUUCCUUUUUUUUGGUUUGAAUGUACAGAUUUUGAAUAUGGACUAAUGAAUUAUUCAUAUUAAACUCUGGUCAUGUAAAGUUCACCAUUGUUGUGAUGUUUAAAAGUACUGAGUAAUGGAAUGUAGUAACAGUUUGUGUCACAUGUGGUUACCUUCCUUUUACUUUAUAAUUCAUUCUCUAAUGUGAUUGUUGUGUAUUUUGAUUUUCUGUCUUGCAUUUGUUGUCUUGUCUUCUUUGUGACUGAAUGUUUUCCCUAAGGAGUGGUUGAUGUGAAGGCUUUCAGCCUUGUUUCAGUAAAAGGAGAUAAACAGAUCUGUUGAGAUUUGCAAGUGACCAAAGUUUGUAGGUUGUAAAUUAAUUAUGAAGAAAGGGGUAACAGUACAGGUAGACAAAAGUUUGAUAGAUGUAGAUAGACAGUAUUAUAUCAGUACUACAGGUCAGAAGAGGUUGAAUAGAUGAAAAGCGAAGCGUAGGAACAUAUUUUUAUAUAUUUUGCAUGGAGUUUUGAUUUAACUUAUGAAUAGGUUUGGACCAGACUGAACUAUGAUAAUCAUUUGAUUCUUUAAAAUAUAAACUAAACAUGAAAUCCAAUUGUCACUAUACCAUACCUAUAUACUUUAUUUUACUGUUGUAAUGUUAUGGAUAAAGCAGACUUCCCAUAAUUAGAUUUAAUUGAUUUAGAUUUUCUUAUCAGUUUUCGUGUGACUUAAAUGUACAUAUAUGGUCCUAGAUUUUGUAUUUUCAGAACAGUAUGUAAAAUUGUUGAUACGUUUGUCCAUAAUUAGCACGUACAAAUCCAUCCAUUUCACAAUCUUGCAUUUGCAAAAUCUGAUCAUAUUUUUCAAUAUAUUAUUACCGUCCAUUGUAAUAUUUGUGUAUUAUACUUACUAUUAACUGUUCAGCUAAUCAGCAGUUCAUAUUGUUAUUCUUUAUCAGUAGCAAAAGUGGGUAUAAAUAUUUUAACAUUCUGUAUGUAAAGCAAACGAAUGACAGUGCCAAAAAUAAGAGAAUCAGAUGGUACAGAUGCUGUGAAAGCAGGCGCUUAUAUUUAGGAGACAGGAAGGGAUGUUCCCUACACAUACACACAUGUCUUUGUAUCAGCCAGUUUAUUUAGAACAGGUUUGAAGUGGGUUAAAAAUGAAUCACUGUUAGUUAACUGUACGUAAGACAGGAUGUAUUAGGUCAGAAGGAAGAGAAUUGGCUGACACAUGAUUAUUAGACUGUAUCUAAAACUUUUUGAGGGUGCAUCAUCAUCACGUAAUUUACUGAUGUAGACAGUUACUUCAUGAUUAGAAAAUUACUGCAUUUGGUAUUUUCACAUCAGUUUGAAAUUCAAACAUACCGAAUCAAGAUUUCUCUUACCAGAUGGCAGAGGGGAUGCAUGGAUGAUGAAAUUAAGUACUGACAUUCUGAAUGCAUAUAUCAUGAUCUACAUUACUAUUUUUGUUUAGAAGUAAUACUUAUCUUAUUCACAGAUCAAGUCUUAUGCAAAUUCAUAGACAAAAUCUGAUAUGCCCUUAAUAACAAAAUGCAUGUGGGUAGAAUACCUUGAGAUCGUACUUAAAGCAAGUGAGUGUAUAAAUCAUAAAUGUACAAAGUGCAUAAAACUUUCAGAAGUGGAACUACUUUCCAUGUAAAGUUAUAUAUCAAUAAAAAGUUUAUGUGCUUCCUGAA